AUGUCCAACACCUCUGACUCUAUUGAAGGUUCCACUCUGUCUGAAGUCUCCUUCAGAGACUCUCAUGGAUUGAUCUCUGGUUUACCAGCAAGAAGCCAAGGUGUGCAUAGUGCUGCCACUACUGUACAAAAGGUUUCACAUGAAUACGACCUGCACAGUGCACGCGAGGUGCGCCGUAUUCACAAAAUCAACAAAAGCAUUUAUUCCUCCAUCAAUACCAUGUCGGAAAGAGAAGCCAAAAAGCUUGCUGCAAAGCUCAACACUCUUUUCGAAGGCAUCUACUCCGUUGCUAAUAGUGCAGGGAAACCCAUUUACGUCGAUUUCCAAAAACUUCCCUCGCGCACGGGAACAGAUUACUAUAAGUACAUCACCCGGCCAAUUUCGCUCCAUACCAUAGGCAGAAAUAUCAAGAAGUUCACUUAUAAAGAUGGCCAAGGUUUCGUGGACGAUUUGGCACAGAUAACAUGGAACGCCCGCCACUACAAUGAGCCUGCGUCCGAAAUUUACGAAAAUGCUCUCCUAUUGGAUAACUACAUUAAAGACACGGUCAUCCCCCGGUUAUCUACCGAUCCAAAAGUGCCAAACAGUUCGACUUUGUAUUACCCAGACUUGGGCCCAUUGGAAGAGUACGGCCACAACACAUUUGACGAGGAAGGUGCCUCAGCGUCUCCCUAUGUCAAAAAUGAAGACUACGAUGAGGACGAACAAUCUAUGGUCAAUUACGGCUACUCUUCAAGAACUUCUAUGGGCUCGGCUAAACCGGGAGAAGGUGGUGUAAGACGCGGAAGACCUCCGAUCAUCGAUAGACCUUAUGAAUCUCGGAUUAAGUCCAUCUUGAAACUUAUCAAAAAGAUCCGCCAUCCAGAGGAUGAGAAUCACAUCUUGACGUCUCAUUUUGAGAGGUUGCCUGAUAAAUCCCUUAUGGAUUACUACAAGAUCAUUGAUAAUCCGAUUAGUUUGCACGAGAUCCGCGCGAAAGUGCGUUCUCGUAAGUACUCUACUGUGCAACAGUUUUUGGAUGACAUGUCAUUGAUGAUCAGCAAUGCCAAAAUUUACAAUGCGUCAAACCCAGAAAUGAUUAACGAAGUUAUUCUUUUUGAAAGAGAAGCCGAGCAGAUCAUAACAAGGGAGAUGCUGCGCCCAGAAUCCGAUUUCAUGGUUUCAGCUGCUGCGGGCUCCGACUCUUUGAAAACUCCUUUGGACCAAGUCACCGUCCGUAACCACACCUAUAAAGUUGGUGACUGGGUUCUCAUCCGCAAUGCUAAUGAUAUCAACAAGCCCAUUUGUGGACAGAUUUUCCGUUUAUGGACUGCUGAUGGCAUUCAGUACACGAAUGUGUGCUGGUAUAUCAGACCAGAGCAAACGUGCCACCGUGAUGACAGACUUUUUUACAUCAAUGAGGUGUGCAAAACUGGAGAGUACAGAGACCAUUUGGCUGAGGAUAUUUUAGCACCAUGUUAUGUUAUAUUUUUGACCUACUACCAGAAAGGAGAUAUUCCACCUAACUUGCUUCCAGAAGGUACAGAGUGGUUUAUCUGUGAGUUUAGGUACAACGUCAACACAUAUGCGUUCAACAGAAUUCGUACAUGGAAAGCUUGUUUACCAGACGAAAUCCGUCACAUCGAUCAGCCUAUUGUGCCGAUUAACGAGCCACGGAAGUUGGUUAAGUAUGACUCGCCUAUCAAGGACCUUUUACCAAAUGAUGCUCAAGGUAACCUGGCUCCUGUGAGCCCCGUCCCAGGCCCCAAUGCCAACGGCCCUCCCAUUGUAGGUGCUGUGUACAGAAAACCACCUUAUUACAAUGACGAAUUGGGCCAAUGUUCCACCUCUCCAAACGUUGUUAGAGCGCCCGAGUUAGAUGAUCAUACUACGGGGAGAAAGGCUUAUAUUUUCACGCCGGCAUCGCAACUUAAAAUCGUUGCAGGUUCAGGGAUUUAUUCGUCGUCCGGAACUCGCUCUGUUCCAGCCAACUAUACACCUUCCCAAGCUGACGAGUACUCUCUUAACAACUCUCCAUCGGCUGAAAGCCUUGCAUACAAAACGUCAUAUCCUCCUGUGACUCCUCAACCAAUGGGAACCACGCAGAUGGCGUACCCUCCCACGUCGGUGUACAAACCUUAUAUCAACAAAGCUCACAUUAGGGACUAUUCUACCAGUGCGAGUGUCAGAGGUACGCCGCCGGCUUCUUAUUCUGUGCCAUUAUCUGGUGGUCUGAGCAGCACGCCAUCUAUUUACUCGAAUGUACUUAUAGGGGGUGUGGUCUCAUAUGUGGGCAAAAAGCCUACUGCAGAAGAAGAGGAUGUUGACGAACCAGAACAGUUUGAGGAUGUGAGCAAACUGCUCGUAUCACUUGCAGGUAGCCCUGUCUGGUUCCGUGCUCCACCAGUAUUGAUCUCAGAGAAGUUACUCACACCAAUUGGGCAUUCGGCGAAAUACUUGGCUUGGAAGCUCAAGAAGAAUCAGGCCUGA